AUGGCGGUCAAGCGCAUUUUGCGAUACUUUCAAGGGACUAAGUCGCACGGCAUCUGUUUCAAGUCUGAUGACAAGAUAGACUUCUGCGGCUACUCGGACGCAGACUGGGCCGGCGACUAUGCAAACCGAAAGUCGACUUCGGGAUAUGCGUUUAUCUUGAUGGGUGCUCCGGUGAGCUGGGGAAGCAUAAAGCAGUCAAGUGUGUCGUUGUCAACAAAUGAAGCUGAGUACAUUGCACUAAGUCUGACGAUUCAAGAAGGCAAGUGGGUGUAUCGAUUGCUGUGCGAGAUUCUGGAUGCCGCAGAGUACAAGUCUGGACCCGAGCUCAAGAUCAUGGAAGAUAACCAAUCGUGCAUCAACAAUCCUGUGAACCAUGGUCGGGCCAAGCACAUCGACAUCAAGUACCAUCACAUUCGUGAUGAAGUCAAGCGUGGUGAUGUCAAUUUAAAUUACUGUGAGACUACGAUUAUGUUGGCGGACAUCAUGACCAAGGGACUGCCAGGACCGCGUCACAAGGACUUGACGGCAGCGCUCGGCAUACACGCGUGUUUGCAUUGA